AUGCCUCUUCCGCUCAUCAUUGUUGAGAAGAUCCUGGACAACGCCGAUUACCGAACUCUGCUGAAGUUCUCGAGAUCUUCGAGAAUGGCUAAUUUUGUAGCCAAGCCUCUCCUGCGGUACGUUAUUUAAAAAAAUGAUCAAGCUGUCCAGUUAGAGAUUAUCGAUUUUCGUGGUAACUAAGCUUCAAUUUGCAUCCGACUUGCCAUCGACGUCCAAGCGGAUAUUGAAAUUCCUCCUCAUAUUCUUGCUUUUGAACAAAAAAAAAGUCAGUUAACGCAGUUCUGAUUUCUAACCGGUCAACCUUAUAAUUUUAUUUAAUUUCGUUAUUGCAAAUAAAAUAAAUUUUCGAAUUCAUCGAAAGAAAUCGACUUAAUCACGAAAUUUUCGAAAGUUUUUUCAAGUUCCCUGAUUUCGAAUGCCUAAAAACUUCUUUCUUAUAAACUUCGUCUGCAAGAAUGACGAGAAUAACGAGAAGAAAACUAAAAAAAUCAGAAGGAUCAUUUUCUAAAGUUUUUCAGAGGAAGAAAAGCUCCAGUCAGCGCCAAAGUCGUUUUCGAUCUUCAAAACGAUUGGCUGAGGGAUGGUGUCAGCGUGACUGACAUCCAAGGCGAGAGGAAAAAAAUCGAAGUGAGUUUGAAUAGAUCCAUUUUUUUCUCUUUAUCAUUCACGAUUUUUUUCAUGCAUUUUUUUCAGUGGAAUGAACAAAAAGGCUUUGAGAAUGAGCUGUACGAGGAGCUCAGCCAGUAUGUCUCGACCCAUGUCGAGAUGCACGUGGCGAACUCUUCCAAUUUGAAGAAGACGGCCGUUUUCUUCAAAUUCGCCGAGAUGGGUCUUCUUGCAGAGACCAAAACGGUGAGUUCCCACUUUUUUGCGGCUUCCAGUGUCAAAAACAAAGGCACGCUAUGUUUUUAUUUUUUGCAAAGUCCAGUUCGUGCAGUUUCGAUUAAAAAUCAAGUUUUGCCCUACGAAGUGCGGAAAAAACAUUUGUCAGAUUUUGACGUAGUUGAAAAACAGAAAAAAAUUCAAAAUUUUUCAAUCAAACCAGCUUGAACUGCUUUUUAAUACAAAUUUUGUAGUCAAGUAGUUGAAGUGGCAAAAUUUGAAGAGAACUCGAACUGACGUGAGAUAUUUUAGCUGACUUUCCACGUCGACAAACGGAUGGGGUUCCGGAACUACGGUAGCUGGUUCCCCAACCUCUAUCGCUACGAUGGCCUGAGAAACACGGGCACUCUGAACGUCAGAAGGCAGUUCCGAGGCCUUCUGACGUUCCGAAAAUUCAUCGGGAAUUAUCCAGCCUCAGAGUUCUUCAGGUGAAUCUCAAAAAAAGAAUUUUAACAUUAAAAAAUUCAGAUUGUCGAUGAGCCUGAGCGAGGACGUCAUAGUGACAGAUGACUGCCUCGACCUCAUUAUGGAGCAGCAUCACGCCAAGAAGACGCCUCUCAAAGUGUUCGUCCUCAACGUGGAGAGCCAGUUGAGGGCGAGCGUCAACAAAAUCAUCGAAUUUAUAAAGGUUUUUGAUCACUUUAGCUUGAAAUAUCAUUCACGAUCUCAUUUUUCAAGUUUGUCGCUUGGAGCUCUGAGGAAUACGAGACGAGAGAGCCGGAGGCUGGAGAAAAUGGAGCGGAGCAAAAGGUUAGUUUAGGUUCGUUUUGUAGAAAACGAAUCAGAUAGAAAGGAAAAAAUCCAAUAUUUUGUCUCGAAAAGGUUUCAAAAAUUUCGAGUUUUUUUUUAGAUUUUCAUAGAACGAAAACGUCUUCUCAUUUAGACAAAUUAUAUUUAUUAGAGAAAUUUAUCUUUUCUAAGAAAUGAAUGAUAUUUCAGGAGCCUCGAUGCUACAUCGAGAUAAGCUCUCCUUUCAUGGAGAGCGACGAUGACAGCAAAACGAAGAUGAAGUUCGCCCUCCAGCGGAUGGGGAUAACCCCGACGGAGACGGCCUGGAAGCCCUCGCGAGACCGUUUCCGACCCGAGUACCUCUUUUUUUGCUGGGUCUUCAAGCUGGGGGCAACCGAAAUGGUCUUCCGCUUGCAAGACCCCCCGUACAACACGGAAUUCGAAAAGGUCAUUGUCGGAAGUCCAUAUAAAAACGAAUGAAUUUUUUUAAUUUUUUUUUGUUUACUCUGUACAUUAUUAAUAAAAGAAUCAAAAUACGGCAAGAGUUCAACUUCAUAAAAAAAUUUGCAAAAAAACGAAAAUGAAAAAUGCAUAAAAAGAACUAAUAAUUUAGCGUUAAGUCUUCUCAUUACGGCCGAGUCACUUUCUAUUUGGAAAAAAAUUCUCGAAAUCCUCUUGUGCCUCCCUUUUUUUCAUGUCUUCUUGGAAAAUAACACUGCCGGAAGGUCCUGACCGCGCUAUGCCUCUUUAAAAUGUUGAUUAUUAUCAAGGUGCAGAAUACAUUUUUUUAACACUAAAUUUGAUAGUAUGAUAAAAAUUGGAACCGAUUUUUUCAAAGAUAGGCAAAGUCGGGGUGCCUUUACAAAACCAAAACUGAUUUUUAAUCCAAAUGAAAGGAAGAAAAUAGAAAACUUUGUUCACAAAAAAAGAGAUUCGCCUUAGGGGUGUGUUUAUUUUUCGAAGUAAACAUAAUUUUUUUAUGGUCACGAAAACUUCUCCAAUUUUUUUGAACUCAAAAAUCAUUUUCGAUCCAAAACAAUGCUCCGGUGGAGCGGAAAGAGCUUCGCAAAGUCACGGAAGACACCAAUGAAAAUGACUAUGUUUCCCUUUUUUGAGUUUUCGUUUUCUUAAUGAGUUUGCAAAAGUUGACUCACUAUCAAAAUCUUAACUACUGCUUUUUUUUAAAAUUUCUUUCAAAAGACGUACGUUUCCAAAAACCAGAACCAGAGUUCGUGGCUUUCUUCCUUUGUCGGUUUUUUUGACCCAGCGGCUUUUUGAAGCCUGGCGUACUCAUCAGAACAGGAGCAUCGCCAUCUCAAGAAACUUUCCGGGUCAAGAUGCCAGAUGACAGGGUUUACGUUUCGCGACUUCUGCCACUCACUGAGAGGAUGGUUUUGAUCAGGAUUGAAGGAUUGCUUUAUUUGUGGAUCGAUAAUUCGCUAAAACGGAUGUCAAACCUUAUCGGCUGUUUAGUUUCUAAAAGAGGCUAACUUUCAAUUAAAAAAAUUCCUAAUCGUUCGGGAAUUUUCAUUUCGGUUCUCAAGCUUGAUUUUUUUUUCACGGAUAAUUUCGAUAAUUUUUUUUCACAAUUCUCCAAAGCUUUCAAAUUCUGUUCGAUAACUUCAAAGUUACAUCAAAACUUCUUUGUUUGCCCAACUUGUCCUUUUUUAGAGAACGACGCAGCAGAUCAAAAGUAAAUAGCAUUCGGGAAAAAAAAGUUGUACUUUUUUAUGUCUAGCGGUUUGUGGGAAUCAAAUCAUUUUUGCCGUCAAAAUACAUUUAUAUUUCUGCUUCUUUAUUUGAAACCAGCCGGAGUCACAUUAGCUUUUCUGAAAUUCGGUCCCCGAUCGAGUUUUGCAGAGGCCGGAUAAGUAUCGAGCUCGCUCUUCCGAGCAGCCUCAGUUCUCUUUCAUUUCUUUCGAAUGUUUAAUCUUGCUUAUCACCAAGUGUUUUGGAGAACGCCCUUCAGGUCCAGGAAUUGGCACCUGUUCGGUUCUUUACACUUUCUGGCCGACGUUCGCCCACUCCUCGUCUAUAUCCGCGUUUUAUGAGAAAAGCUCAGCUCAAAGGACUGGAAGCUUUUCUUCUCUGAGCUUUCCUUUUUUUCGAUGUUUUCUCUUUUUCAAUCUCAUUACAGUUCUAGCUUCUCUUCUAGAUCUGAAUAACCUUCUGCAGAUCUCUCAAAUUCAGUUAUUUUGCUGUUUUGUGGCGUUAUUAAAAAAAUAAGGUCCUGGAGAGUAGCUCCUUUUCAUUAAAAACUUUGCAGUCCUUUUGGUCUGCUGCCGAAAAUCGUACUUUUUUGCCUGAUUCGAGGUUUCACCGGUAGGCAUCCGACUACUAUCAACAUAAUCUGUUCAGAUGUUAAAUUUUAGAAGCCAAUUGCGCUUUCAAGAUUGCAGUACCUUUUUGCGCGUGACUCUUCAAAGGCCCAUUUUUUGAUCUUGCUCUAAUAAUUUGAAGAAAAUCCGAAACUCAAUGCUAUUGAAAAUGAUUUAAAAAGCUGUAGAUUCUCAUUUAGAGGAAAAUUUUAUACUACUAAGAAACAAAGUGGUGCUUUUCAAAAAAGGCCGAGAAUUUUUUUUUCGUGGUUUUGAUCUUUUCGACCUUAUUUUCCUGGAAUUUUCGGGCAUAAUACAGAAUUUUCAUAUCACACAAAAACAGAAAAAUCAUGUUAAAGACUCCAGUCCCGCCCCUUUUUAUGAGGAACCUCUCGUGCACUUCUGCCAGGUGCUCCGGUUUUCCCAUUAUCCAGUAUCACGCUAUCUUUCUUCCAAAUUCUUCUCUCCCAGGGACUCAUUUUAGUAAAGGGUUCAGAAUUUUCCAUAAGUUUUCUCACAAAAAUUUUGAUGAACUGGGUCUCGUUUCGAUACCCAGUCCAUCAAAUUUUGAACAAGCCGGUAUCCGCUAAGACGGCACUUUCUUCCAACUGGAAUCCGAAUCUCUAGGAAUUCCUCCCAAAAGAGGCCGUUUUUACCUACUGAAACCCCGAAAAUUUGGCUCAAAGUAUGAUAUUUUGGUAUUACUUGGUUUUUUUUCUUCAUUCCUUCGAUUGUUAAUUUUAGGUGUCGACCACAAAAAUUAACUUGAUUGCUUUGGAAAUUUCAUUUCGUCAUAAUUACUGAUAAUUACAAGAAAUUUUUAGAGUUGGAAAAUGUUGCAUUACCUCUAUCGAAAGGGAAAAAUAAAGAGAUCGAAUAUGUUUCCGCGUGUUUCAGGACCUCGUAGUAGAAGCCCUCAAAUUGAAAAUGGUAUCAAGGGGUACCUUUGAAAUCACUGAAAAACUCAUUUUAGUUUAAAAGAAUGUUGUGAAAAGCUUUUAUUGAUUGAAAAAAAAUCGGAGGGAACUCGAAUUUCGAGCCUCCAACGUUGGUGCAUACACGGCACACGCUCACGACCAUUUGCAGACACUGAACUCCUUUUAUCAUCAUCUUCUGUGUAAGCCCAUUCUCACAAUUUAUUUAUAGCGUACUUAUUAUUACUUUUCAGAUUUGGAAUGCAUCCAUCCCAUUUUCUUUUUUCCCCUCUCGCAUCUUUUGCAACUUCUUUGAAAAGCUUUUGAAACUAUCCUUCCCUGAUUUGAUUUAAUAUCGAUUUUUUAACGUAAUUUUAUGAAACCAAGAUUUAAAGAUAUAUUUUCAGCACACACUCACUUCUCUUGUGGCCGGCUUCUCCGAAUGUUCGUGUAAAAUGAGUGAGUUCAAUCCAAUCAAGUUUUUUUUUUCAAACGUCUUUUUUCAGGUGUGCUCAAACUUGUGUUUUAA